AUGGGAUCUAGUACUCUAGAUGCUCCGAAGCUUGCUUCCCUACCAAUCAUCAGCGUAGAGCCGCUUCUGCUCCCCAACGGCCACGGACGGCUCUCCACCACCGCUGCGAUCCAUGCGGCAUGUUCGGAGUACGGGUUCUUCUACCUCGACAUAUCCUCCUAUGUGAACCCAUCGGAGCCGGAGGAGCUUGCGGAACUCGCCCGCGAGUUCUUUUCGCGACCUCAGGAAGAGAAAGAUCAGAUAUCCAUAACGAAGGAGGAUAACGCGCGAGGCUACCAGAAGUUGAACGAGAACGUCACGAACGGCAAAGCAGACAAUCAUGAGGGCAUAGAUUGGUACCGCCCAGUGGAAAACCCCGACAAGAGCAAGCCGCUCUGGGGCGAGAACCAAUGGCCCGACAUUCCCGGCUUCAAGGAGAAGUACGAGCGCUGGGUCGAGAAGAUGAAGAACUUGGGGUUGAUUGUCAUGGAAGCGAUGGCCACUGGACUAGGUAUGACACCGGAAGAGUGGGCCGAGCUUCGCACCAAGGUCGACGACAGCUUCUGGGUAAUGCGGGCAAUUGGAUACCCUCCGCUACCUGGUGAUCACGAUGGAAUCUCGUGCGGAGCACACAGAGAUUACGGGUGCCUAACGUUCCUGUACGCGGACCCGACGCCAGGCGCACUGCAAGUCUUCCUCGCCCAACCUGGGUUCCUCGUGGAGAAGAAGGGAGGCUUCAAGUCGGUCCCUGAACAAGAAGUUGAGGAGGGCGGCCAGUGGAUUAACGCCGACCCCAUCCCGGGUUGUGUCGUCUGCAACAUCGGUGAAAUGUGGGAGGUUUGGACCAAUGGCCUGUACCAGAGCACGCUGCACCGUGUCGUCCACAGAGGCUCCAGCUACCGUAUUCCAUUCUUCUUUGAGCCCAACUUCGACGCGCUCAUCUCGCCGCUGCCUGCCGCGCUCCGUUUGCGAGAAGAAGACCGGGCGGUGCGAGGCGUCCACGGUGGCGCCCCGCGCAAGACGUACCAGCCGGUAGUAUACGGCGACUUCCUGCUCCGCAAGGUCGGCAGCAACUUUGUCACUGGCAAGGGGCGGUACGAUGAGAACUAG